UUGACAGCAAUUGAAGUUUCUUGGGAGUCUCCUAAACUGGGACUGUUUUGGCCUCCUAAUCAGCGCAUAUUCGGCUUCGUUUCGACCGAUCCCUCUGUAUUUUUCUCUAAUGAUGGAAUAAGAAAUAAUCAUGGUGGUGAAUUCAGUGCACUGGUUUCGCAAAGGUCUGCGGUUGCACGAUAAUCCGGCGUUGCAGGAGGCCCUCAAUGGAGCAGACACAGUGCGCUGUGUUUAUAUCUUGGACCCGUGGUUUGCUGGCGCUGCUAACGUGGGAAUCAACCGAUGGAGGUUUCUGCUGGAGGCUCUGGAGGACCUGGACAGCAGUCUAAAGAAGCUCAACUCCAGAUUGUUUGUCGUCAGAGGGCAGCCUACUGAUGUUUUCCCACGGCUUUUAAAGGAGUGGAAAGUGACCAGGCUGACAUUUGAGUAUGACCCAGAACCUUACGGGAAGGAGAGGGACGGGGCCAUCAUCAAGAUGGCCCAGGAGUUUGGAGUGGAGACCAUUGUCAGGAACUCACACACCCUCUACAACCUGGACAGGAUAAUAGAGAUGAACAACAACAGUCCUCCUCUGACCUUUAAGCGGUUUCAGACCAUUGUGAGCAGACUGGAGUUGCCCAGGAGACCUCUGCCUCCCGUCACCCAGCAGCAGAUGGACAAAUGUCACACUAAAAUAGCUGACAACCAUGAUCAGCUAUACAGUAUACCUUCACUGGAAGAACUAGGUUUCAGGACAGAGGGUUUACCUCCAGCUAUUUGGCAGGGAGGAGAGUCAGAGGCCUUGGACAGACUCAAUAAACAUCUGGACAAAAAGGUGUGGGUGGCCAACUUUGAGCACCCUCGGGUCAACAUGUGCUCUCUGUAUGCCAGUCCUACGGGCCUCAGCCCCUACCUGCGCUUUGGCUGUCUGUCCUGUCGGGUUUUGUACUACAACCUCAGAGAGCUCUACAUGAAGCUCCGUAAGCGUUGCAGUCCUCCUCUGUCCCUGUUUGGCCAGUUGUUAUGGAGGGAGUUCUUCUACACAGCUGCUACCAACAACCCAAACUUUGACCGCAUGGAGGGAAACCCCAUCUGUGUCCAGAUCCCAUGGGACCAGAACCCAGAGGCACUGGCCAAGUGGGCUGAGGGUCGCACUGGUUUUCCCUGGAUUGACGCCAUCAUGACCCAGCUGAGACAAGAGGGCUGGAUCCACCACCUGGCCCGGCAUGCCGUCGCCUGCUUCCUGACCAGGGGAGACCUGUGGAUCAGCUGGGAGAGCGGCAUGAAGGUGUUCGAGGAGCUGCUGCUGGAUGCAGAUUGGAGCGUAAAUGCCGGCAGCUGGAUGUGGCUGUCCUGCAGUGCCUUCUUCCAACAGUUCUUCCACUGCUAUUGUCCUGUAGGCUUUGGAAGGAGAACUGACCCUUCAGGAGACUACAUCAGGCGUUACAUCCCCAUCUUGAAGGACUACCCGAACCGGUACAUCUACGAACCGUGGAACGCCCCGGAGUCAGUUCAGAGGGCAGCCAACUGUGUGGUGGGAGUAGAUUACCCCAAACCCAUGAUAAACCACGCAGAGGGCAGCAGGCUCAAUAUCGAGAGAAUGAAACAAGUUUACCAGCAACUCUCCCAUUACAGAGGGCUCAGUCUACUAGCAUCAGUACCAACAAUCCAAGAGGAGGCAGAGCCACCAAUGACCGAUGAGUCCCAGACCAGCAGUGGCCCUGACUCUCCUCCCAGAGGUCCAGCCGACAUCGAAGCAGCUGGCUGCUCUACAGCUCCUGAUUCGUCAACAGUUUGUGCGUCCUCCACCUAUCCCCCACAUCCAGACCUGGAGGAGGCAGCGGACAAUUACCCAUCCCAGACACCCUGCACCUCCUUGCACUCAUGCACACAUCCCUCUGCAGCCAUCACAUCUACAUCUACCAGCCACCCUCCAUCCACAGCAACUCCUCCCUCACCAGCCCAGAGUCCUCUGUCAAGGUCCAAACCCCCUUCCCCUUCCUCUUCAUGUCCCACCUUAUCCCCGUCUCCCGGUCCAGCCACGCCUAUGACUCAGACCUCCUCUCUGGGGCAGAGGAGGAAAGGCCUCGCCCGCAAGGUCCGACGCAUUCAGAGGCAGCGAGGGCGACAGACCUGCACUCCAGCAUCCAGGGAGGGAGACAGGAGAUCAGAGGAGGAGGAGGAAAGGGAGGAAGCAGUCGGGGAGGAGAGGAUGGAGGAGGACGUUGAGCAGGAAGAGGAGAGAAUGGAGGAGGAGACUUCUGAAGAGACAGCAGGACAUCAACAGUGAGAUGAAGUUCAAAACAACAGUCCUCAAACAUCCAACCUGGAUUCAUGAAGACACACAAGAGACAGAGUUCUGGACAUGUGGACAAGAUAAACAUAUAUAAGCAUGCAUACAACACAAGUGGAACCAGCAGAAAGCAUUUUACUCACAUUUACUUCAGUCAUAAAGAAAUGGAAAUACUGCAAGCAAUUCAAUAAUAGGAGCUCCUUAAAAAUAAAUUAAGGAUUUUGACAUUUUAGAAGAGAACCAGUCCAGAAUUUCUGUAAAUGAUUCAAAAAUUAUUCAUAAUUGAGGACAUUGAGGAGUUCUUAAUCCUAAAACGUAGUUAGGACGAGUAAUGAGUAAUCUUCUCUUGUGCAGUUCCAUCUGAGACACACACACACACAAACACAAACAACAAUAAGGAGCAACAUAGUGUACGCACCACAUCCACAUUGAAUCCAUACAGUGUGGCGUCAGCAGUAGCACCUUUCCGCUUGUCCUCUUGCUUCUACGAAUGUCCUCUCCUUAGAGGCAAGGUAGUGUAGGAGCCUGAAGGUCGCCUGCCAAAACACACUGUCCCGUCUCUGCAACAGUCUGUUGUUGUUCUUUGUUCUGGGAAAGAAAAGCAACUCAAUGUCAUUUGAUAAAGCAGUGUAUUUUGACAUUUUGCAGUAAUGAUUUUGCAUAACUGUGGUUUAUGAGAUUUAAUAAGCUGUGGGUGACAACAGAGUCCUAGAGUGCAAUCUAAAGCAGUUCGUUCUGGGUCCUGGCCAAGCCAAAAGCUGACUAUUGUUCUUAUUUAGAGGCAGACAGGAACAUUGCUAGAGCUUCAGACUGAUUUACUGACCUUUAGUGAAAUGUAAUCAACUUCACGUUAUGUUGUAGCUCCCUUCAGUGUACAGUUGUGGACGACUGGGCCUGCUUUCAGAUGGGAUCUGACUGACUUGUUUAAAAAAGAAAAAAAAAAGAGCUACUUCUGGUCCAGGGAACUGGAGGGUAUUGGCCUGGAUUCAGACCUUUAAACCCGCCCACUACAUUUUUGUCUGGCAUCAUGACAUGAAACUCAUCUGAAAAAGAAAUUAAUCCAAUGAGCUAAUUAGCCAACCCAUUAGCCAAUCAGCACUAGGGCAGAAGGAGUCAAAACAGCAAUGGUGACCGCUAUAGACAAGAGAUGCUGCAGUCAUGGCUGUCCUCUGCCCGACACCUUAGUUUGUUUUUAACUUUGCUCUGCUCUUCUCUUAAAUCUCCGGCGAAAAAAAUUUGUUGGCAUGGCUAUGCAUCAGUGUCCAUUUAAAAUGCUGUUAGAUUGAGGCAGAUGCAUUGGUGUCUGGUGACUGGGUAGAAAUGAUUGAAUCCCCCUCCCCACAGAAAACAGUUAGAGUGGACACAACGUCAGAUUGAAGAUGGAAACGGAGUAAUGAGGUGACAAUCCUGUCUAAUAUCAGGCAAGGAGGGUAUUUCUGUUCACAUGGCCCUGAUGAUUUUGUUCAGGACAUUCUGCUGAUUUUACCAAAUUAAAGAAACACUAAAGAACAUUAUUAAAAUUCUACAUUUUAAUAUGCAAACGCCAUAUGUCAGUGUUUUGGGAAAUAUCUGAUAUUUUUGCUAACAGCAGUGAAGAUGUUGGUAACAGGAAACAUAACAUUUUUUAUAGUUCACCUCCCUAAAUCAUAAAGUCCCUGUCUGUUUUAGGAGGGUCACACAUCUCUCACAUUUCUAAUUGAAACAAUUGGAAUUAAGAGGCCAAGACGAGACCUUCUGUAUACCUUUAAUCUGAAAAACACACACACAAGUUAUUGCAUUUGCCAUAUUUUUUACUGGCACUUGAAAAUACUGCUUGUGUCUACUGAAUGUAGAGGAAAAAACUGGUGUGUUGUUCUCCCCAUAUACAGUAUUUAUCAGAGUUUGUAUAUGAAAUAUGUAAAACCAUAACCUGUCUGUUUUACUAAUGGUCUGAUUAAGGGGGUUUCGCAAAGCCUUCUGUCUCAUUUCUGCCUGGCUGUGUCUUACCAAAAAUGUCCACUAGAGGAUGGUAGAUACAGCGAAUUCUGCACAUGGUCAGUCAAUUGUUAAGACUUAACAUUGUUUUACAUUUACUAGGGCUCAAACUAAAGAUUAUUUUGAUAAAACUUUAACCUGACGAAUAGAUUCUGUAUUAAUCAACUCCUAAUGAAAUCUAGUGAAAUCUGCCCUGCAUCAUUUCUCAGAGUCUCUCACUGGUGUCUUGAAAUGCCCCGAGAGAAGAGAGAAGCAGUCAAUUGUCACAUCAGAAAAGGUAGAACCAGCAAGUUUUUUGAUUGAGAAAUUACCAAAACAAUUAUUUGAGCAACAACAUGUAAUGUACAGGCCACUUUCACUUCUCGAUCUUCAAAGUCAUUGUAGAAAUUGUACAGAUCCACUUUUUCUAGUUCAGUAAACUGACAUAAAAUUGUCUAAAUUCUACAAUCUUUUUUUCUGAUGAAAUUAGCAAAUACAUAUUCUGUCCAAAAACUGACAGUAGAUGAUCUUGAAUUUAUUGUUUUUACAAAAAACAGGAAUCCAACCCUAAAAUGACCAGUUAAGGAACCAUUCAGUAUUUUUUUUUUCUUUUUUUUUUUUGGAAUUGGAAGAUUUUCUUGUUGGAUCAGAAUGUUUUUGAAAGUGACACUGCCAUUUCAUCCUCACCUCAGGGCUUUCUUUUUCUUACUCCAAACCUGUGCAGAAUAAGCAGGCCAUCGUAGCAGUUUGCCUUUGUGAAACCCCCUCAGUGUUGCCUGGAUGGGUCGAAGUUUCCCCAAAGAAGGAUCAUUGAUUGUUAAGGAGAUAAUACUCACAGCCUGUGCAGGUGUGGUACUGUUGGUGUUAGGGACAAGUGGGGACUGUGACUAACCCUGUGACUGUUUGAAUCCUAGAAGGUAAAAAGACAAAUCAGUAGUGGAAAUGCAGUUCAGGUAGAUAGCCAAAACACAGGCCAGAAAAGGUCACAGUUCCCAUUUAGCCUGAACACAACACAAGCCCUGAACAGGCGCUUGUGUUUUGCUGUACAUUCCAACUAACAACAGUAUGACGCUCUGCAGGGCCAGAGGUCUGUCUGAGAACUUUGGGCUCCAUGGAUAUUUAUUUGUUUUGUAUUGUACAAAAAGAGUUUAUUUUCAUUAAAAUUGCUGAAGGAAUUGUGAUUGAA